AUGGCACCGCUAGAGGAUCUGCAUUCGAGGGACCUGGCCUGGAUCAGUGACUUCGUAAUGCAGCAGGUGGUCCUCAUGAUGCGCCCCAUGAUGGAUCACCUGCAGCAGACCGACAGCUCUCUCGACUACGCGCAGCGGCAGGUCCACCGUGUGAACAUGGACCUGGUGGAGCUGAAAGCGGACGUCGACAGGACCAACAAGUACCUUGCGAUACUUCGGCAGGGCCUUGGUGUGCAAAACGAGGGCAAAUGCGUCAUCCAACGCAGCCUCGAAUCCAAUACCCGGACUGUAAAGCGUCUGGACGAGCAGAUGGAAAGCAUGCUGACAGUGCUCCGGGGUGUGGAGGAGAGCUUCGAGCAGCUCUGCACCGACUUCCGCGGGGCCCGUGCCCAACACGAGGAUCUGUCGCAGAAAGUCACGGAGCACACAGUCGCCCUGGAUGACAUGCAGACUCGUGUCGACAAGAUCUGCGACGCAUCGCCAAGCAAAGAAGAGGUGCCAAAUGGUGAGGCGAGGAUAGAGGUCUGGCACCGCGAGCUGCGCGAGCUCCGGCGGAAUCAGAUUGGCUUCGUCCCCAAGUUGGAGGAGAAGGGCAAGGCCUCGGCUCAAGAUCCCUGGCCCCGAAAAACCUUCACAGCAGUGGAAGUGGCGCCGCCGCCGCACGGCCCAGGCCCAUUCCCCGCAGGAUCGCUCGUGGAAGCGCACAGCGGCAGUAGCCAAGGUCCAAAGCGCUCCAGCCGGGUGAGCAGCACCGGCCGACAGCAGCUGCUCUCUCAGGACCCCUUCGUGCUGGGAGUUCCUGGCCGACACCCGCGGGUCUGGCAAGACGAUGCGCCGGAUCCGGGAUGCACAGAACCGGAAGAGGAGGACAGCGAGCGUCUGCCCCGCCUCUCCAGCCGGCCAACUGCCCGGGUGGUCGAGAGAUCUUCCGGGAAUGCAGAGGCGCCGCGGCUGCGCUUCGCGGCGACCAUGGCCCAGCCGCCGUCCCGCGGCAAGUAA